UAUUGAUCGCUUUUUGCAAGCUUUUUAUCGUUGAGGUUUAGUGCUGAUGCUCCGCCUCUUGAUGUCUCGUUCUUUUAUAUGUACUCCGUAUACUUUUGCUCUGGAUUAACGUGGCAGCCUUCUUUUUGACUUUCUUUUAUCUGUCUCAACCCGUAACCCUGAAGCCUGAAGCCUAUUUUCCCUAUUCUCUAUCGCCGACCCGUUCAGGCCGGCAACUUCAAGCGGACUGCUAUUCAUUCACUGCUAUAUAGUUGCCACUCAAUUCGUCAUUUUCCGUCGCAUUAUCCAUCCAUCCGGGAUAGAUCCGGCUAUUCAACACGCGAAAGAAGCUCUCUUUACUCAUUUCUUCAUUGGCUAGAUUGACAAAUCAAUUCUCCGACUUACGAAGCACUCCCUCGAUACUUUCGAUACGAUUAUGUCUGACAGUCGGGCACUGUUAGAUGGCUGCCAUGCCCUAGUUCCUGGAAUUGGUACAUCCUACGGCUAUGUUCCAACACUAGGGGCUGGAAUUGCCUACUGUACUCUCUUCGGAGUCUCGAUGCUUCUUCACACUGCUCAGUUUUGCUGGAAGCGAACAUGGUGGUGCAGUGUGUUCAGUAUUGGUUGCUUGGUCGAAGUCAUUGGCUGGGCUGGUCGAACCUGGUCCUCCAAAUGUCCAUAUAACUCGACCGCAUUCCUGAUGCAGAUUUCCACUCUUAUCAUCGCACCCACAUUCUUCACAGCCGGCAUCUACGUCCUCCUAGGCCGCUUCAUCCAAAUCCUCGGCCGAGAAUCCUCCAUCCUCAAGCCCAGCCUCUACCUCUGGAUCUUCUGCACCUGUGACAUCGUCUCCCUCGUAAUCCAAGCCAUCGGCGGUGGCAUGGCCUCCUCCGAAGCCGACAAAAUCAACGGCGACACCGCAACCGGCACUCACAUCAUGGUAGCCGGUAUCAUCUUCCAGCUCUUCUCGAUCACCAUCUUCGUCUUCUUCGCCGCCGAUUUCGUUCUGCGUACCAUGCGCCACAAGCUUCUCCAGUCUCUGACUGGGUCUAUUGUGCCCCUGCUGGGCGCGAUGAUUUUCUCCGUGUUGUGCAUCUAUGUGCGGAGCAUUUACCGUACUAUUGAGCUUUUGCAGGGGUGGAGUGGAUUCUUGAUUACUCAUGAGAAGUACUUUAUUGCUCUUGAUGGAGCUAUGAUGGUUGCUGCUGUUGUUGUGUUUAAUGUUAUUCACCCUGGCUGGUUGUUGCCUGAUCAGCACAAAUCCUCGAAGCCGGAGCGGGACUAUGCGUCGGACGAGAUUGAGAUGAAUCGUCCUAUGUCGUGAAGAGAGAUACCCUCUCUGUGGUUUCUUCGUUGUCGGGUUAUGCCUUGCUUGAGUCGUCUUAUAUUCGAG